AUGGCUACGACACCCACGGAUCAAGUUAGUAUAAAUGUCAUGCGUAAAUCGGAUGGUAAAUUCCUUGGCUUUAUUUUACCUGAGAAAACGACCAUUCACGAGUUGAAAAAUGAAUUAAAACUACGUUUAACUCCUCAAUUUACUCAAGGUUGUCGUUUGAUAUUUCGUGAUCACGUACUGAAAAGUAAAAAUACAUUGAAACAUUAUGGUCUCAAAGUGGGUGUUAACCAACAAGACAUACUCAUGGAUGACUCCAAAGAUUGGAAAUCAUCGUCAUCAUCAUCGGAAGAAGAACGAUAA